GGCCGCGGGCGCGGCCAAUCAGCGCCCAGAGGGCUUUAACUCGACGGCCAAUAGGAGACGAGGGGAGAAACGGCCGGCGGCGGGGGCGGAGCGUCGGCCCGGCCAGUUAGCGGCGCCGCCUGGCCCCACGUGAGGCGUUGCCGGGACACGGGACGCCGCCCGGCGCCAUGGCCGCCCUCCGCGGGGAGAAGGAGCCGCCGGACGCGGUGCACCAGAACCAGAUCUUCCGCGAGCGGGUGCGGCGGGAGCUGCAGCGCCAGCGGCUGCACACGGAGUACGGCGUGAACCCGCUCAGGCCGGCCAAGUUCCUGAAUCUUAUCCACCAUGCAGCACUGGAGCCAACAAAGAAAUACUCAGAGCCACAAACUGAAAGCCAGGAAAUUGGCUGGAACACAACACCUUUGGUAAGUAGGGUGCUUAAGGAACCAACUCUCUGCACGAUUCAGAGUGGUUCAGCCCAUCAUAUUAAAGGACAUUUCUGCCAGAAAACAAUUUAUGACAAAGUCAGAAAACAGGAAUGACUAGGAAAGAGCAGAACUGUUCGUGGACAGCGAGCUUUUAGACUAUGAGGACUCUCACACUUGCAUAGGCUUUGAACACAAAAACAGCAGACUCCCCCACUCCACAACUUGCAUGCAAAACACCUACAGUGACAGUCAACCCAGGCAUAUAUCCAAAUGCGACAUGUUCACACUUGUUUAUGAAAUUAUUCAGCCAAGAGAAACAGCGAGCAAUAUGAAGUGUCAUACAUAAGUACUGCGAGAAGCGUACAAACUGUACUGUAUCUUUCAAAUUGAAAGCAGAACCAGAAAUUUAAUAGUCAGCUAAGUACACCCCAGGCAAAAUUUACCAACAAGGAUUCAUUUGCAGGAGGGGGAAUAAUCAGGAGGAAAAGGGAUCUUAUCAACAAGCUGAAACAUUGACCAUAUCUGACAAAUGAAUAGCUAUGACCAUGACUGAUAUUAUAGACAGUUUAGUGUUUCCAGGAAGGCAAAAGAGGACCUGAUUAAUUCUGGCCUGUUAUAAAGAAAACUGUAAAAUAAGAUUAGUCUUCCACAACUUUUUGUAUUAGUCUUCAGGUAAACUAGUUACUGUUGACAAGCCUAGAGCCAGGCAGCCCAGCACGGCUUUAAGCCUUUAGACACUAGUUGUUGGAUUUGCCAGGCAGGAAAGAAGCAACUAAAAGUUCCUGCGUGCAGGAAGCUGAGUUAUACUUUAGAAGUCAGGAUUCAUGAUACUGUUCCAGACAAUUGCUUUUAAAGUGAAUUUUUCAGAAAUGUUGUUUCCUUUUUCACCAAAUCCUACUGUAAUGAAACAGUGUAUUCUAAAAUAAGUAGUACCUUGCUCUUCAGUCAUUUGGGCAUUUCUUAGCAGCGGUGAACACCAUGCAUUAUUCUUCUCAAGAGGGAAUACUACUACUACUGAUAGUAAAAGCACAUGACUACUCCUGCUACGAUAAUUUUUUUUGCCCAGAUUCCUGUGGACCGCACUGACUGCAGACUGCACUUCCCACGCCGGAGCACUGAGAUCACUAGAUACAUGGCUGCCUUUUGGCGCCUGAAGGAGCAGUCUGAGAACCUGCAAUAGUGUGGCAAAGGCACACAACUUAGAUGGAAACAGUUAGUGACAUCCAUCUAAUGGGUUACUCCCUGCUUGUUAUUAAGUGAUUCUGGUCGAUUUCUCUCAAGGGAAGGUAAUGAGAAAAGUGAGCAGAGAAUCCCAGCCCGGCCAAAUUUGCAGCCUGACAACAGUUACAGAAAUAAACCUGUUUGUAAGA